UUUCCCUUCCUCGGCCGUCAUUUACAGACAGGUGCACAAGAGUUCGGAUGAUCCCUAUACGAAAAACGGUCAUUGAAACCUAAAACUUAACAGUAAAGCAACUAUUUUUGGCAAAAAAUUUAAAUGGCCGCCUCCAUAAAUUUUAUUUUUAGUAACAUACUAACAUACGAAAACUUUAAUAAUAAUUUGAGGUUUCUUUCUUCAACAUUAUUGUUCCUGUUAAUUGAAGACAUGGCUCACAUGAUGCUAUGCGGCAUAAUGUCGACUUUUACUUGGAAAAAAAUUAAUAUAUUGCUAUCUUUGAAAGCAACUCCUUUUAUAUUAAUUUACUGAAGAAUAUCUAAUCGCUGAGUGGGUGUGUGCGUGUGGCAGAAAUACUGCUCCAAGAAAAGUUGCGAGAAAACAGGGCCUCUGAAAUCCCCUCGUUCUCGGUGAGAGAAACCUUUGGUUUGAUAUGGAGCAUUCACCAAAGGAAAUUGAUGAAAGUGAGAUUGUAACGAGUGAAGAACUGGUGAGCAUAGAUGCUAAUAUGCCUACAAAUCCUACCGAACCAGAGGGUGUUAGUGUGAUUUCCUCAACAUCAUUUUGUGUAUCUACCAGCAGUGAGUGGCGAGGAAGUUCAAUCCAUGCCCAUUUAAGUACAUUGGAGGGUUAUGCUUUAAAUAGAGACGAAGCGUACUUGGCUGAAACUGUGCAUCCUUCUAUAAGUCCCUUUCCUGUGAAUGGUGCAGGUCUCGAGCUAGAAGAAUUGACCAUGAGAAAUUAUGAUUAUCUAUCUCCUAACUCAUCUUAUGUUAGCUGCUCAACAACUAGAGAAGGAAUUAAUCACAAGGGGAGAUAUUUUCAUGAAUUGGGAUCGCAUGGGCCUAAAAUUAUAACCAAAGAUAAAGAUUUGAUGUCCCAGAAUAAGGAUCCUCUGACGUUAAUUUCUAGGGAAGAUUUGCAGAGAACACGUGCUAGCUUCCAUGAGUUGAAACCUUCAUCAAGUGGGCAAAACGACAAAGACUCCAGCAGAAUAUCUUCCCAUUUGACUGAUGGUUAUAGCAAAGAAUCCUCAAGUAGACUGCCUCUUGGUUAUGAUCGAUCUAAAAUUUUAUCUUCAUCAAGUUUCUCUCAGUUUUUCAAUAAACAGUCAAUGGUGUCAAAGGGUAAGAAUGUUCCAAAUAAAAGCCCCGAAAUUUGUUCUGAAUUUCAUAAAGCAAGAAUGGGACAGAAUAAAGACAAGCAGACUUCGUCAAGUAGAAACGCAUCGUACAUGUUGUUGAAUAAAAAUUCCCUCUCUAGUCAGGUUCACUCUCAUGAUAAUACUGGGAAAGGACUUGAAUUGCCUCAUUUUGGGAUUACCUUGAGAGAAUGGUUAAAAUCUGAGGAUGCUGAGAAAAACAGAAGUUACAGGCUGCGUUUGUUUAGGCGAAUUGUCUUGAUAGUAGAUACUUCACAUACUCGAGGCUUUGUGUUGCUGGAUAUAUCUCCAUCUUCAUUCAUUUUAUUGCCACCUGAUGAUGUUAAAUACAUUGGUUCGUCAUUGCAGGUAGAAUUAUCGAGUGUGGUGGAUCAAGAUAUUAAAAAGAAGAGACAUUUGCUGCAGGAAAUGUCACCUUGUGAAAAAUUUGGUGUAAAGCAGCAAAAGUUAUGUUGGGACAAAUUGAUGAGGCAUGAACCUCAAUUCAUCUCCAGAUAUGGCGUCAAUGACAAAGGUUCUAAUCAGAUUAUAAUGGGCAUCAGUGAUAUGGAAAAUUCUAACUACUCUGAUCGCAAGGCUCAUAACAAUUUUACUCAUGAAGGCACAUCUAUCCAGGGGCAGUUGGGGGUUGCAUUUGAUGAUGUUGAGUUGGAAAAGAAGUGGUAUGCUUGUCCAGCGGAGCUUGGCAAUAUAGAUUUUCAAUCUAAUAUCUACAGUCUCGGUCUUUUGUUAUUUGAGUUGCUUUGGCAUUUCGAAUCAAUAGAAGCACAUUCUGCAGCAAUGCUGGAUUUGAGCCAUCGGAUUCUACCUUCUAAUUUUCUUUCUGAAAGUCCAAAGGAAGCUGCCUUCUGUUUUUGGCUGCUGCAUCCUGAUCCUUCGUCUCGUCCAACAACCAGGGAAAUUCUGAACGCUCAGAUAAUUUCUGGAUCUGAAGAGAUUUCUCUAGGAGGCAGUGAGCCAUCAUUUGCUAAGAAAGUUGAUGAUGCUGAGUCAGAUCUCUUAAUUUAUUUUCUAGUUACAUUGAUGGAACAAAAGCAUGAUAAGGCCUCCAGGUUGUUGGAAAAUAUAAAAUUCUUAGAAGCUGAUAUCAAGGAGGUUGAGGCAAGUUAUGCUUUUCGAAGAUCUUCAGACAGGAUUGAUGGAGACAACAAUGCAGGACAGAAGUCUUUUCAUAAAGCUGAUGAUUCAUUUUCUAGGACAAAUUUGUUUGGGACUAAGUUGAUGAGCAAUAUCAGUUCUCUUGAAGAUGCUUACUUCUGUAUGAGAUCCAAAGUCCAUGUUCCUGAAAUUUCUGAAAUUGAACGAUCGGACAAGGACAUACUGAGGAGUCGUGACAGGUGGUCUUGGGUUCAAAAUCAAUACCAGGAGCCAACAAUGGAAGAGAAGUCCGUUGAUCGAGUUGGAGCCUUCUUCCAAGGUAUUUGUAAGUUUGCUCGCUAUAGUAAGUUCGAGGUCUGUGGGACAUUAAAUACUGGUGAUAUUAUCAACUCAAGCAAUGUGAUAUGCUCUUUGAGUUUUGAUCAUGAAGAGAACUACAUUGCUACUGCUGGAGUCUCAAAGAAAAUUAAAAUAUUUGAGUUCAGUUCCCUUUUGAAUGACACUGUUGAUGUUCAGUAUCCAGCAAUUGAACUGUCAAACAAAUCUAAAAUUAGCUGUGUUUGUUGGAAUAACUACAUCAAAAAUUAUUUGGCGUCUGCCGACUACGAUGGUCUAGUGCAGGUAUGGGAUGCAAGAACUGGACAAGGACUUGCCCGAUACAUGGAGCACCAAAAUAGAGCUUGGUCAGUUGAUUUUUCCCAAUUAGAUCCAAUGAAGUUUGCAAGUGGGAGUGACGAUUGUUCAAUCAGACUAUGGAACCUCAAUGAGAGAAAUUCAACGGGCACCAUUUGGACUCCUUUGGUUAACUUAAAUGCAUUUACUGAAAAUAGCAAUUCAUUAUUCUUGACAAUAGGUCCUGGAGACUUUGGUUCAUCAAGCUAUUGCUUUGGUUUUACAUACAACUACAUUGAUCUUGGUAAAAGAUACUUUAGAUGCACGUGGUUCCAAGUUAAUGCCAAGUACAAAGGAUUUUGGACUAAUACGUGGAUCCUAACAGAGAAAGGAGACACGAUAAAUAACUACUUGUUUGCUGCUAAACAUGAGAUUCUCCAAACUUGUUAUAAUGUUAGUGAAGAACACUUUCAAUUGUGUGCUUCCAUAUUUUUCCAAGUUCUUGCAGCUAAACGUAGCCAACUGAGAAUUAAUUUACAGCAUUUGGUGAUGGGAUCGAGUGCUCGACUAUUACAUCCUCAUUGUCCAUCACUUCUUGAUUUUGAGUUGUAUCAUACUUGUAUUGCAUUUCUCGAUGACCGCUUGCAUGAUCCCCGAAGUCUUUGGAGUGAAUGCUGA